GAAGAAGAAGAACUCUUGCUUGUGAAACUGGAAGCUCCAGCAGCACCUGAACGCAGCACAGCUACAGCGACAGAAUAAAUAAAAGCUGUCUUUACUCGACAGCAGCAACUAUGACAAGAAAACUCUGUUUUAUACCGUGAUUUUACUUAUUUUACUCCUGGAUUAUGAGAUUGUUAUAUUUAAAGGUGCUGCUGUUGUUAGCAUGACGCAUAAAAAUAAAGCCAAAGUUUCGGAAAAGACUCAAAUCCCCAAACAAACCACGUCCUCUCAUCUGUCGUGGCAGCCAGAGGAGUCUCUCUCUGUGUGUCUGUGUGGGCACAAAGACACCCAGAAACACCUCAGAUACCAGCCUUUCUUUCAAAAUGGACUCAGACAUCUGCCCUGCUGAUCAGUCGGACUCCUUGUGCCCUGUCACUGUCGAUGGAGCCUCUGAGGUUGAGGUCAGCAGACGGACUGCGGCAGCUCCGCCUGGUUCAGAGGUGGAGGAUGUGGACUCCUACAACCUGAACGAGCCUCCUCCGUUAGACUGGAGGUCUGACUCCUCCAGUGACGCGGGCUCAGCAGAUGACCUGGAUGACCCCAGCUUUCCUCCCUCUGUUGACAGUCUGGACAAGGCCAGUCCGGGUGAGCCCCUGCUACUACCAUUAGACGUGAGUGACACUAUGGCUCCACUCGAUGUGAACCAGCAGGAGCUUGUGGGAAAUAUUGCAGAGCCAGUCCAGGAUAUUGAGGUGGAAUUGGAAGAAGAGGAUGGAGCAGUUGAGGAAGUUGAAGAUGUUGAGGAAUACCAUGAAAAUGUAACCUUAAGUGAUGUGGAGAAUAGGGUCAGUAAAGAGGAGGUGGAGGUAACUAACAGGAGAUCAGGUGAUGAAGACCACAGCCGCAUCCACACUCUGCUCAGCAAACUCCAGUUGAUGGGGGAAGAGCCUCAUCCCAGCCGCCAGACACCACCUCACCUCGCCCAGCAGCAGUACUCCAGCCAGUCUGAGCUGGAAGCGUGUGCUCCCUCCCUAAUAACAGAUGACAGCACUGAAACCACCGGGCUGCUGUUCUCUGAGAGCCACCAGAGAGACCUGAUGGGGCUGCUGCAGUUCACAGAGAUCAGCGCUACACCCAGUCCCACCUCUCCGCACCCCAGAGGAGAUGUGGACGCUGUAGUAUCCGUUUCCUACAGUCAGGAGGACGCUCAAAUGUUCUGGGGGCAUUAUGGGAAUGGUAAAAAGCAGCGGCAGCGACACAGGGAGGACUCCAUCGCCUCCCUGCCAGAUGAUGAGUAUCCUGAGCCAGUGUGGAUGAAGCUGGGCGAGGAGCCUCCAGAGGAAGACGAGGCUGCUGCAGAGAACGAGCAGAGUGUAGAUCAUCCCUCAUAUAAAGACGUGCCCGGUCCGUGUGACCCUGAAGACCUGUUGGAUGGCGUGAUAUUUGGUUCCAAGUACUUGGGCUCCACUCAGAUCAAAUCAGAGAAGAACCCGUCUACAAACGCCCGCAUGACGCAGGCGCAGGAGGCAGUGGACCGCAUUAAGGCUCCAGAGGGAGAGUCCCAGCCAAUGACAGAGGUGGAUCUGUUCAUCUCAACCCAGCGAAUCAAAGUCCUCACUAAUGACACUCAGGAAGCCAUGAUGGAUCACGCUCUGCAGAUGAUCUCUUACAUUGCAGACAUUGGUAACAUUGUGGUCCUGAUGGCACGAAGGAAACGUAAAGGGCAGGAUGGUGACUCUUCCUCUUCCUCAUCCGGGCCACAGAAGAAGUACUUAAUGAUCUGCCAUGUCUUCUCCUCUGACGAUGCUCAGGUCAUAGCCCAGGCUAUCGGCCAGGCGUUCGGAGUGGCGUACCAGCAGUUUCUUCAGGCCAGCGGCAUCAAGGCCAGCGAUCUGAGGCCUGGCGAGUACAGCGACUACCUGGAAAGUCAGGAGCUCUAUAACGGAGACCUGGCCCACUUCUCUGACUCUCAGAACAUCCGAGACGUCGCCAUCACCAAGGCUCCUGGAGAGAUCUUGGGCUUGGCGGUCGUGGAGUCGGGCUGGGGCUCCAUCCUGCCCACAGUGGUGGUGGCCAACCUCCUUCAUGGAGGUCCUGCCGAGCGCUGCGGCGAGCUCAGCAUCGGGGACCGCAUCAUGUCCGUAAACAGCACCAGCCUUGUGGGUCUGCCCAUCACCACCUGCCAGAACAUCAUCCGGGACUUAAAAAGCCAAAAGUAUGUGAAGCUCAGCAUCGUUCAUUGCCCGCCAGUCACCAUGGCGAUUAUAAGGAGGCCAGAUCCCAAGUUUCAGCUGGGCUUCAGUGUGGAGGACGGCAUUAUCUGCAGUCUGAUGCGGGGCGGUAUAGCAGAGAGAGGAGGCAUUCGUGUUGGGCAUCGCAUCAUUGAAAUCAACGGGCAGAGUGUCGUCGCCACAACGCACGACAAGAUCAUUCAGAUCCUGACCAAUGCUGUCGGAGAGAUUCACUUGAAGACCAUGCCAGCCUCAACAUAUCGACUCUUAACAGGACAAGAGCAGCCAGUGUUUCUUUGAGCACUUCCUGCUGCAUCAAGGACAAAACUACUGCACAGUGUUCAAGCUCCAUGAACUUUUGCCAAAAUGAGAAAAUAUCAUGUAAUUGAUCAUACAGCAUAUCAUACGCUGUUGUCCCACCACUGAAUACAACAAACUAGUCUGGCUAUAUAUUUUUAAGCUGUAAAGUACAUUGUAAUAUUGUGAAAGCAUAUUUUAAAGUGACAGAGAUUGAUGAUAUCUCUCAUUUAUAUUUAUCUGAUAUUUAACAAUGCAGCCAGUAGCUGAGAUGCAAUAAUUCAUGAACGGAAUAUAUUUUGACUUCACUAACUUUUACACGGUGUUGAGCAUACUGUGCUCUAGAGUUUUUGGUCUUCCAGCCUGGUGUGUUGCCAGUGUGCCUGAGCUGAACGUACUUGCAAGGGAAAUCUUAUUGAAUCAAGACAAAGAGUGUAGUUCAUUGUGAUGUGCUUCCAGUCCCUCACGUACACAUGCAUAUCAGAGCGCUCUGGUUCAUUCAUACAAUGCUUCCCUGACUGUGCCUGACAGGAAACAGAUAUCAUGCACAAUUAAAGGUAUUGGCCUUAUUUCAUAGAAAGAUGCAUAUAUUUUUAAGAAUUUGCUGUUUCAGAUGUUCAUUAAAAUGAUCUGUAAGAUAUCUUCUUGAUGUUAUUUAUUAAGUGUCAGCGUUCGCUUAGUAUGUUUCAGAUUCAAAGCUUUUUUUUUCAUUUUAAAACAAAUUACAUGUACAUCUGAGUUAGAUAUACUGUAUAUUUACAUUUGGACAGCUCUAUGAAUAUGUUGUCUUGCAAUAUAUGUAAUUGAAAAAUAUAUCAAAUUGAUAAAAGCACAUUUCUUAUAGGUUAAAUGUAUGUAAUAAUUGCAAAUGUGAUGCUAUUAAUUAAUAUCUCUACUGCUAUUUUAUUUACGAGUAAACAAUGUAUGCUGCUUGUGCUAAUAAAGUAAUGCCUUUUAUUUAUGUGAA